CACACGUACUCACUGUAGACACACUCAAGAUUGUAGACUUUUUCCUAAACCACAGCAAAGUAAAUUGGUUCUGUUGGAAAAAGAAAGAUUAAAAGAACUAGAUUGGAGGCAAAGUUUACAGACGAAGAGAGCUAUUAAAUUCGUGGAUACCCGAUAGAUACCUGAGAAUUAUGGAUACGCACAAACCAGGAUUACGACACAGUCAAAUUAGUGAAGAAAUUAUAGAACAGGUUGAGCGCCAAUUAGCAGAACCUCCAUCGUUAUGGCUGAACUUGACAGGCGCUCAAAUUCUUGAAGAAGAAGGCCAAGAUACCAAAGACAUAGUUUUACCAAAUAAUCGCUCUCAAGUUACGCACAUUGCUGUCGAUAUUGGUGGCUCAUUGGCAAAGAUUCUUUACUACGUUCGCGACACGACAUCACCGAGUUCGUCAAGUUCGGAGAUUAACGAAAAAGAAACUGAUCAUGGAGGAAGGCUAUCAUUUGCAAAGUUUGAGACUUCUAAAAUUGACGAUUGCAUAAAUCUUAUGAGACAACUAAUUCAAGAUCACGCACGAGAAUCGAGACGAAAGCCAGUUACGGUUAUGGCAACAGGAGGAGGUGCAUACAAGUUUUAUGAUCGAAUGUCGAAAGAAUUGAACGUGGAAGUGAUUCGAGAAGAUGAAAUGGAGUGCUUAAUUACAGGACUAGACUACUUGGUAUCAUGCAUUCCUGGAGAGGUAUUUAUGUUAAACCCCGAGACGUGUGAGAUGACGUUUCAAGAACAAUUCCACGACGGAAAAUAUCCACAUAUGCUUGUGAAUAUUGGAUCUGGUGUGAGUAUUCUGAAGGUAACGGGACCCUCGAAAUUUGAGCGUAUUGGGGGAUCAUCACUGGGAGGGGGAACGCUUUGGGGGUUACUAUCGUUGCUAACGCAUGCAUCGUCAUUUGAUGAAAUGUUGGAGCUAUCGAAGAAAGGAGACAAUGCAGCGGUAGAUAUGUUGGUAGGAGACAUUUACGGUGAAAAUAUUGGCUAUGAACGGAUUGGAUUGAAAGAUAGUACCAUUGCGAGUUCGUUUGGUAAAGUAUUUCGAGAAAACAAAAAACUGGACGAAUUUUUACCGGAAGACAUUGCCAGAUCGCUGUUAUUAGCGAUUAGUAACAAUAUUGGCCAGAUUGCGUAUUUGCAUGCGCAAAAGCAUAAUGUCAAAAAUAUCUACUUUGGAGGCAGUUUCAUCCGCAACCAUGUACAAACGAUGCAUACACUUACGUACGCCAUUCAAUUUUGGAGCAAUCAGACAAUGAAUGCAUACUUUUUGAGACAUGAAGGUUAUUUAGGGGUGUUUGGAGCUUUUCUGAAAUAUGCAAGAACAGAAAAUAAUGUUCCCGUACCUCCCAUCUCUUAAUUUCCUUUCUCUUGCUCUAAUUCUUUCACUUAAUCUGUAUUAUGUUUGUGACUAGUUUUUUUUUUCUUUUUCUUACAUCGAUACAGAAAUUUGGUUGUCAUGUUUUCGCUCAAGGAAACAAGAAAACGAGAAACAGGAAGCUAGAUUUCAUAGAAUACCUUGGUUGGAUCGAUAGUAAUGUUGUUGUUGAUAAUGUUGACGGGUUUCACGAUGAAUAAAACAAACGAAUUCUAUUUCAGUAAGGGCUACUUGGGGUUUACAGGAUCCUUGUAAGCUACGUGGUUAUUCUCAAUGUCAUUUCAUUUUCAUACUCAUUUUAUUUUCGCUCUAAUUUCUUUUCUUUUUCCAACAAAACCAAAACACUUGAGCACAAUUCCUUUCCAAACUUUUCCCUCUGCUACUGCUACUACUACUACUACUACUACUACUGCUUGUUGUCCUGUGCAAGAGCUCUGUAUUUAUUUAGCAAACCUCGCUUUCACAAACGAUAUUCUUAAAACCCGACAAAAAAUUUCCCUAACAUUAUAUAUAAUCCUAUUUAUUUGUUAAAAUUAUAUCGUUUGUUUACAACGGUUUCUUACCCGUGUCCUCAUCUCACCCUUUCCCUCUCCCUCUCCCUCUCCCUCUCUCUCACACUCUUCCUCUUCCCCAUUGACAUAGGUAUAGCUUCAAUUCAUCUCUCAUUGACAAAUACAAGCAUC